AAUUCCUCUGUCUCGAAACUCCCAGAGACGGCUAAAUGUAUCUACUUUGUUGAUCUCUAUUAUAAACUCUUAAUUUACAGUAGAUUACAUCAACUACGUUGAAGUCGAGUGAAUCUUAAGUUUUUAUGUAUUAUCUAAGUUUAGAUAUAAACUGUCAAAUGUUUUCUACCAGUGCCUUUUAUCAACAGUGCAAGCAAGCUUCAAAAAUAAACACAUGAUUACUUGGACUGACGGUGUUCAUUUGUUUUCAUUAUGACAAAGCGCCGAAGAAUCCUGCACGCCGACAAAAUUAUACAAAAUGUUAUCUACGUGUUUUGUUUGUUAAUGUUUCUACAGUUGAAAGGUUAUUAUGGAGUUAGCAGUAAUCCAAUACUAUUAUACUCUACCGAGUCUGAUAUCAGGUUAGUGAAUGUACAAAAACUUGGUAGAGCAAAUGCUAUCAUCAAGGAUCUAAAGCAGGGAUCGGCUGUCGACUUCAUUCAUCAUAAGAGCUUAAUAUGCUGGUGUGAUCAAAUAUCUGAACUAAUACAAUGUAUGCGUUACAAUGAAACACAGCCAGGAGAAAAGAUGAGGAUAGUGUCUGAGGGACUGAUAACACCAACUGGCAUUGCAAUAGAUUGGUACACUGAUAAAAUAUACUGGACAGAUGGAGAGACAAACAAAAUAGAAGUGAUAAGUAUAGAACAUAAGUACAGAAAGGUCCUCUUCUGGUCUGAAGUUGACCUAGCAAGAGCUAUUGCCGUAGUUCCUAAAGAAGGUUUAUUAUUUUGGACUGACUGGGGUGAAGUACCUAAAAUUGAGAGAUCAGGCAUGAAUGGAGACCCCUUAACUCGUAAAGUAAUUGUAAAAGAUAAUAUAUUUUGGCCAAAUGGCAUAACUAUUGACUAUGACAAAAAUUUAAUCUAUUGGGUGGAUGCAAAACUACAUUUUGUAGAUGUAGUAGAUUUUAAUGGUGAAAACAGAAGAAAAGUUGUCAAUGGGGGAUUGGAAUACCCAUAUGCAUUAACUAUAUUUAAUGACAAACUGUAUUGGACAGAUUGGAAAACUUGGUCAAUUCACUCAUGGGACAUAUCAACUAAUGGGCCUAUAAAGGAUUUGAUAAAAUCGAAUCCAGUGCCUGUAGAUAUCAAGGCAUAUGAUGGCAGCAGGCAGUUAAUGCCAGCAGUACCACACCCGUGCAAUAUUAAUAAUGGAGGAUGUUCUCACUUGUGCCUUCUAGCCCCAAAUCCUCCAGGUUAUGAGUGUGCAUGCCCUACUGGCGUGAAAUUAAAGGAAACCAGUAAUACAACAUGUUACAAUAAUCCACAAAUGCUGCUACUAGUUGCACAGAGUUGGAGUAUCUCAAAAAUAUCACUGGAUUCACCAGACUUCACACCAUACACGCUCCCAUUAAAGGAUCUGAAGAAAACCCAAACAGUUGAUUUUGAUCCAAAAACUGAAUAUAUUUAUUGGGCUGACAGUAUGACAAAAACAAUAUCUAGAGCCCGAUUGGAUGGAAGUGAACAAUCGGUUGUGAUCCACAAUAGUGGUGUUAUAGAUAAUAUUGCCAUAGAUCCACUAGCCAGGAAUAUAUAUUGGACAGAUCCUAUUACUGAUACUAUCACUGUGGCUAGACUCGACGGUAGUGCUAGAAAGGUGUUAAUCCACGAAGAACUUUACGAUCCUCGUGCUAUAGCCCUUCACCCAACAGCCGGCUGGAUGUUCUGGUCUGACUGGAAUGAAAAGAAACCGAAAAUUGAACGUGCUAAUUUAGAUGGUAGUGAGAGAAUGUUAGUAGUUUCCGAAAAACUCACUUGGCCUAAUGGAAUAGCUUUAGAUACAGUCAAUAAUAAACUCUAUUGGGGUGAUGGCAGAACGCACAAAAUUGAAGUCUCAAAUAUGGAUGGUUCGGACCGCCGAGAGGUACACAGCAGUGACAUCCUCCACAUCUUUGGCUUGACUCUUCUUGGCGACAGACUUUAUUGGACGGAUAUACAAAGACGCACUCUGUAUAGAGUAAAUAAAAAUUCUGGCAUAGAAAGGCAGACGGUAGUGGAGCAGAUGGCAAACAUGAUGGGCGUUAAGGCGUUCAAGAUAGGCGAUUCGAUCGGCUGGAACCCAUGCGUGGCUGACAACGGCGGCUGUUCACAUUUAUGUUUCAAUAGACCAACUGACUAUGUGUGCAGCUGUCCUUUAGGUUUAGAAUUGGAUAACGACAGAAAAACUUGUAUAGAACCAGAAGCUUUCUUGAUAUAUAGCCGAAAGAAUAUAAUUGGGCACAUUGGAAUAGAACAUGAAAAUAAUGAUGCUGUGUUGCCUAUCAAAGAGUUGAAGGAAGUUAGUGCCUUAGCAGUGCACGUGUCCGAUGCGAAGUUGUAUUGGUCUGACAGCAAGACGAAAACAAUAAACCGAUGCUCAAUAAACGGUACGAAUGUGGAGAAAAUACUCGAGUGGACCGGUCUGGUUGAAGGUCUCGCAAUAGACUGGUCGGGGCACAAUAUAUACUGGACUGAUACGGCCCUACAACGCAUCGAAGUAGCCCGACUCGAUGGCUCCAGCAGACGCACUCUCAUCUGGCAAGGACUAAAAAAACCGAAAAGUAUUACUUUGGAUCCAAAGAAAGGAUUCAUGUAUUGGUCGGACCUUGGCUCCAAAAGCAUAAAACGCGCUGCAAUGGACGGCUCCUCGGCCAUCGUGGUAAUAGAACAAGCCGGUCGAGUACAAGCACUAGCUAUUGACCACGAACACCGUGCACUCUACUGGGCCGCGUUCGAACCACCCACGGUACAGUACGCGUUCCUCAACGGUACCGGCAGAAAGACGCUCGUUGAUGACGUGUCUAUGCCUAACGCACUCACUCUAUACGGCGACAGAGUGUUUUGGGGUGAUUGGAAUACAGGGCUGAUAGAGUCCGCAAAGAAGACCGACGGCGGCGACCGUCGCGGUCUAUACAAGCAGCUGGACUACAUCUCGGACCUGAAGAUGUUCGGGCGGCGCGGCGGCGGCGGCGGCAACCAGUGCGGCGUCGACAACGGCGGCUGCUCGCACCUCUGCCUGCCGCUGCCCGCCGACUACCGCUGCGGGUGUCCCGCACACUACCGCCUCAACAGAGACAACCUCACCUGCUCCGAACCUGAAGAAUUUCUAUUAUUCGCUCAAAAGAAUGCCAUCGGAAGAUUGUUGGUUGCAAAUGGCGAAUGUGCUGACGCAUUUAUUCCCCUCACUGGACUGAAAAAUGUAAAAGCCAUAGAAUAUGAUCCUAUCAGCAAACAUCUGUUCUGGAUGGAAGAGGAUUUCCACUCCAUUCGACGGGUACCAAUAUCGUACUCUAGUACAUCGGCGGUCAGCGACGCAUCGGUUGUGGUUCCCAACAUCUUGAGGCCGUUCCACAUGGUUCUGGAUGUGCUUGGCCGCACGUUAUAUUGGACUUGCAUAGACGCUGAUUCGAUCAACGCUACGUCUAUUACGAACAGUUCGUCUGUAGGCGUCGUAAUGAGAGGAGAGGGCAUGAUGCCGAGACAUCUGGCUUUCCAUCAGACUAAGAGGUUCCUGAUAUGGAAUGACGUGGGCCUGGGUGCUAUAAUGCGAUCGAAUGUAGACGGAACCGCUCGCACGUGGUUGGCAACUGCGGCUAAUGCGACCGCACUCGCUCUUGACCAGUCUUCAUCUACUGUAUACUGGGCGGUGAAUAGACAGAUCUACGCGGUCGAUCUCGACUCUGACAGUAACAAGACUCGUAUAAUCUGGCAAGGCGGAUGGGUGGGCACGCUGGCGGCGUACGGCGGCGCGCUGUACCUGGUGGCGGGCGCGGGGGCGGCCGCGGGGGGCGGGCCGGGCGGCUCCAACGAGCGCGCCCUCAUGCGCGUCGCACUGCACCGCCGGGAGGCGCCCGCCGCGCCCGUCCCGCACGUCGCCAGGCUCAUGGCCGCACUCACAGUGCACAAGGUGGCACGCGAGCACCCGUGCUACGGCGGGCGCGCGUGCGGCGGCGCGGCGGCGGCGUGCGGCGCGCGCGGCUCGUGCGGGUGCGGCGUGCAGUGCGCACGCGCCGUCUGCGCGCCCGGACACUUCCGCUGCGGCGCCGCGCACGAGCCACACGCGCCGCGCCCGCACUGCAUCCCGCUCGACUGGAAAUGCGACAAGCAGCAGGACUGCCCGGACGGGUCGGACGAGGACGCGGAGUGCGGCGAGUGCGCGGGGCUGCGCUGCGCGGACGGCGCCUGCGUCGGCGCGCUGAGGGACUGCCGCGCCGGCGCCUACUGCGCGCUCGCCGCCAUGCCCGAGGCCUUCCGGUGCGACGACCGCCUAUGCCUAGCUGAAGAACUCGUCUGUGACGGACAUCGACACUGCGAGGACGGCUCCGAUGAAGUGAUUGGCUCCUGCGAGUUCGCACAAAAAUCCGAGGGUCGGGGAUCGUCGCGGCAGUCGAGCGCGUUCGUAGUAUGCGGAGCGUUAGCAGGAGCGGCGGGCGGCGCGGCCGGCGCAUGGCUCGCGCUCCGACGACUGCGGCGCCGCGCCGCCCCGCCCCCCGCACACACCGCGCUCACCGCACGCACCAAGCUGCCCGCUACACGAGCGAGACCUCUCGGCGCCAGCUGCACAGAGGCGUCCGAGAGCCUAUGCGAGCGGUACCCGCGGCCAACCGCGAACCCGCCGCCCAGCCCGGCGACGGCGAGCGGCGCGUCACUAGCGGCGUCGGCGUCGCGGCGACGCGCGUACCGGCACUACCGCGCCAUGAACCGGCCGCCGCCGCCCACGCCCGCCUCCACCGACGCCUGCGAGUCGGAGCCCGAGCACAGCGCGCGCGCGCCGCCGCCCUCUCCCGCACCCUGCCUCUACUGACGCCGUCACAGGUGACGAACCUGUUCAGCUAUUACACACGGUAUAUAGUGUGCUCCGUCACGCAGGAGUCGACUUUUACGCAUGGCCCUAUAAGUACGGAGGUUCAUGCGGAAUCGGCUUUCAAAAAAUGUAAAUAUAUACAAAGAGAACGU